UAAUAUAAAAGUGAAGGUGAAGGUCAGGGGAGUAGGCGCGGUGUUUGCUGUUAUGUCGAGGAAUAUAAAGCUUCAAACUUUUAAAAAUUUGAUUAUCUCUUGGUUAUGAUCAUCAGUUAUAUUUCUUUUACUCAAAUUCAUACAAGAUAGUUAUAAAGCAUCUUGCUGUAACUAUGACAAGUGAGCAGAAAGAAGUGUUGAGAUUCCAGAUACGAAGCAAGAAUGUCCUGACACAAGACGAAGCAGAGCUUUUUGAACUUACUCAGCUUGCUGGAAUAACCAUGGACCCCAGUGUAUUCAAAAUCAUACUGGACUUGCUGAAGCUAAAUGUAGACCCCACAGCUAUUCUUCACAUGUUAAAGCUCAUGUGUGAUCCUCAACAACAAAAGGCUGCAGUUGACACCCAGGACUUUAUAACUUCAUCAGCACCAACCUUUGUGUCAUCACAUACCACUACACAGAGCCGAAGUCACAAACUGCGGUCUACCAACAUCAACAAAGGCCAACAGCCAACCUCAAGUAGUUCAUCUUCACGUUUGAAAGACUAUCGCCGCUGAGGUCUUAGCAGUUUGUGUGCAGGUGUGUGAAUGUGUUCAUUUAUGCAUGAUUUAUAAAUGUGUACCUCCUUAUAUGAACAUCAUAGCUUUUGGAGGUGUGUUCCACAGAUUUGAAAUGUGGCAGCCAUCUUAGUAUUGUAGUAUUACAAGAAUAUUAAUAUUUGUUACAUGUUUUUAAAAUAAAUGACAUGUAUGGAUUUAUUCAUUUUUUAUUUUCUCAUUGCAAAAUGAUCUUAUCUGACAGUGACACAUAUAAAAACUUAUUUUAAAACUCAUUUGAACUCUUAUGUUUAAUGCAUUAAUUUUUGUUUACAUACAUGUACAUGUUUAACAGAUUAUAUCACGUUGUAUGAAAAUGUUUAUUAUAUACAUUCAAUUACAAAUGAUAAAUCUAUCUUUUGUGACUUAGUACAUUUUAGCUUAUGUGUGCUUUUAUCUCUUUUUAAGGAAGUUGAUUGUAUUAUAUUUUUUUGUUUUAGAAAAUUAAUGAAGGCCAAAAAUAUGUAAAUAGAUUGAACUAAAUGAGUGAUGAUAAAUAAAUGAUAGAUGACAUAGAAAUGAAGACAUCUGUUCACAUUAGUGUUCUUUGCAGAAGCAGCUGCAUCGAUUAAAAAAAAUAAAGCAAUCUUUCUCUCU